CUCAACGCCGGCGGCAGCCACCGGCUUCUGGUAUACGAAUUCGCGCACCACGGCUCCCUGGACAAAUGGAUUUUUAAGUCUUCCAGCGACGUGGAGCUGCAGCAGCAGUCCCUUCCAUGGAGGAUUCGUGUUAGAGUAGCGAUCGAAGUCGCAAAGGCUCUGGCUUACCUCCACCAUGACUGCCGAUCGAAGGUCCUGCAUCUCGAUGUGAAGCCGGAGAACGUUCUACUCGACGAAGAGUUCCACGCCCUCGUGGCAGACUUCGGGUUGUCGAAAAUGAUGGGGAGAGAUGAGAGUCGAGUGAUUACGAGCUUGAGAGGGACAAAGGGGUACUUGGCGCCGGAGUGGCUGAUGGAAACAGGGGUUUCGGAUAAAUCGGAUGUGUACAGCUAUGGGAUGAUGUUGCUUGAGAUGGUUGGAGGGAGAAGGAACUGUUUGUUGUUAGAAGAGGAAGGAGGUGAUCAGGGGGGGAGGAGGAGGAGGAUCUGGUCGUAUUUUCCGGCGAUAGUGGCGGAGAAGAUGAAGCAGAGGAGAGUGAUGGAGGUGGUUGAUGGGAGGAUGGGGAUAGGGGAGGGGGAGGAGGAGGAGGUGCAGAGAUUGGUAAAUGUGGCUUUUUGGUGCAUACAGGAGGAGAGGAAGAUGAGGCCGAGUAUGGUGGGAGUGGUGGAUAUGUUGGAAGGGAGGAUGGGGGUUGUGGAAACACCGCCGGAGAUGAGUAUGUUAAUGGCGGAUUAUCUCGACGUUGACGAGAUUGAAGCUCCGGUGCCGGCGUUGCUGCAGAUUCAGACGCCCGAAGGUUUGACUCAUUCGUUCGCCAUGACCAUGCUCUCCG